ACGAAUACAAAAAUGGACAGCUAAAACAAUAAAUUGCACCAAAAAUAUCCUCAGUUACAAAUAAGUUGGCUGCAAGUAACACGCAAAAAAACUUUUCCGUGACCUCCACACAAACUAAAAGUAGCAAAAGUUUGAUAUAAAGUGAAAGUGGUACGCUAAACUCAAAGAUCCUCUUCUUGCUUUACUGCUUAAUGUCUUGUAUUUCAGAGAAUUACAAAGGAAGGGAGAUAAUCAAUAAACCCAAUGUAAAUCUGUAAACAAAGAUGGCAACUGAUUGUGAUAACGUAGUUGUUGUGAAAGAACAGGAUAUGCGAUCUGAUAAUGAUUUCUCCUCGGAGUCUUCUUCAUCUGAGGAUGAAGAUGGGGAAGAAAUAACAGAAGAGUUUGAAAAAGAUUGGAUGUGUACUUUAGCUGCAUUAAAAACUAAAGAUCCUAAAAUAUACGAUAAGAAUGUUAAAUUCUUUCAAGAAAAUGAUAAAGGCUCUGCACAGAAGAAAUCGAAAAAGAAAACUAUCUCUUUACAAGAUGUGCAAAGGAAGACACUAAUUACAACUGAUGGUGCUCCACCAGCGGAUGAAAAAAUCAGAUAUGAAGAAGAUAUUGAUGAGCCAGUAGUACCAAGUUAUUAUGAAGAGCAGGAACAAUUAAAAAAACAAUUCCAAGAAGCAGCUUCCUCCUUACCGGAUGAAGAAGAUAUUCUUGUAAAAAAAUCAGGUGAAAAUACAGAAUCUGAAAAGGAAGAAGACUAUCGAUCAUUUUUGAAAGGAAAAACAAAUAAGCUAAAGAAAAGUAAGAAGAUUAGUCAUGAACUGUCUGUCCUGAAAGACUUUUGGUCAAAAACUGAUCUUGAUGAAGGAGAAGUCUUUCUUCGUGAUUACAUCCUUAACAAAGGUUACAAAGCAAAUAAUUCGAUUCCUUCAUAUAAAGAUAUUAUCAAAGACGAGGAGUUUUCAGAAGAUGAAGAACUACUCACCAAACAAGAUAAUUUUGAAAGAGAAUAUAAUUUUCGGUAUGAAGAGCCAGACAGAAAGUUUAUAAAAUGUCAUCCAAGAAAGAUACUUGAUUCUGUGCGAAUAGGAAACAAUGCAAGAGCUGAGAAACGAAAAGCAACUUUGGAGAGAAAGAAAAAGGAGAAGGAAAUAAAGCAAGAAAAGCUGAAGGGGUUGAAGAAACAAAAAAGGAAAGAAAUUCUUGAAAAAAUUGCCAAGCUGAAAGAAGUGUCUGGCAAUGAUAAUUUAGGAGCUAACGGUGUAGAUUGGGAUGAAGAUUUUAAUCCAGAGCAGCAUGACCAACUAAUGAAGGAUGCAUUUGGUGAAAACUAUUAUUCAAAAGGCAUUGAAGAUACUGAAAAACCUGAGUUUUCUGAUGAUGACUGGGAAGAUGAAUAUAGUGUUGACAAAAAUGGUGACAUAAAUGAAGAACCAGGAUGUAGCUACCAGACAGACAAUUUACAUUUUGAAGACCCUGAUUUUAAUAUGGAUGCAGAUUAUGAUCCUACACAACACAAAUCUAAAAAGAGGAAGAGAGAGAUGAAAAAGAAACAGAAGCAAGAGAAACCUAAAUUUAAUCCAGAUGAAAUGACAUUUGAAGAAUAUUUUGAUGAAUAUUAUAAACUGGAUUAUGAAGAUCUGAUAGAUGACUUGCCCUGCCGCUUCCAGUACCGUUCUGUUGCAACUAAUGAUUUUGGACUUGAUACAGAUGAGAUCCUGCAUUCAACGGAUAAAGAACUUAAUUCCUGGUGCCCGCUCAGCAAAGUGGUGCAAUAUAAGACUGAGGACGAAGAGUUUGUCACCAGAAAAAUGUAUUCAAAACGGAGUAGACAAAAAAAUCGCAAAAAGAAUAUCUUAACGACUUUUUACACUCAAAGUGAGUCCUCAAAUAAAACAUCAAAUAAUAAAGAAGAAAAGGAAGAGAAAGUAGAAAAGAAGCCACACAACAUAAAAUCUGACCACAAGUCUAAUGAUGAGAUUCCUUCAGUAAACAGUAAGCAACAGAAAAACUCUAAGAAGCGAAAGAUGCCAAUUGAUGAGGCCUCACCAGAACAAAACUUGGCAAGUGCUGAAAGCGAAGAAAAUGCAGUAAAUAAAUCCAAAAAGAAGUUGCAAUCUAAAGAUAACACUUCAUCAAUAGCAGGGGCUUUAACCAAAACCAAAAGUUCAAAAGGUUCUAAAAAUAAAGCUGAAAAAGAAGGAAGUACUGCAAAGAUUUCUGAAUUGUCAAAUACCAAACUUAAGAGGAAGAAACGUGCUGAACGCUGGCAGCAAAAACAAAAAGGAAUCAAACACAAUGAACAAUUAAAUGUAACAUUGUCUAAUGCCCGUCUCAAAGCUUAUGGCAUCAACCCAAAGAAGUUUAAAUACAUCCAACUUCCAAAACAGAAAUAAAAACAAUUGAUAAUUUGCUGUAAUGGUU